AUGAAAUUUUCACAUUCUUUAAAAUUUAAUUCAGUACCUGGUUGGAAUGAUAAUUAUUUAAAAUAUCCAAGUUUAAAAAAAUCAAUAUAUAAAUUACAAGAAGAUCAACUUAUAAAUAAUGGAAAUCAAAAUCAAGGAUUUUCUGGAAAUGAUAAAACAACAAUUUCUGAAUUUAUAGAAAAUUUAAAAAUUAAAAAUGGUAUUAAAUCUGAAACUAUUGAAAAUUCAAGUUCAAAUACAAAUAAUAAUGAAAAUAAUAAUUAUAAUGUUAAAAAUAGAAUAACUAAAAAUUUUAACUUUUUACAAAGAUUUAAUAAAAAUCAUAAUAUUAAUUAUAAUGAUAGUAAUAAUAGUAGUGAAGUUGAAUUACAUCAUAUAGAUCUUGAAAAAAAUGAAAAAACAGACUUAAAAUCUGGUGAAACUUCAAUUACUACUGUUUUUUCAUCACAAAAUUCAGAUCAAGAUAUUAUAAGUUAUUUAAUAAAUUUAAGUGAUGAAGAAAUUGAAGAAACUUUUGGAAAUCCUAAAUCAUUAAAAUUUGAUGCAUUAUUUGUAUUUACUAGAUUAUUACUUAUUGAAUUAAUCAAAAUUAACGAAUUUUAUCAAUUAAAAGAACAAGAAAUUUUUGCACAAUAUCAAAAUUUAAUUCAAGACUUGAAAAACAAUCAUAUAGAUCUUGUACAUACUUACACAAUUGAUCCAACAUUAGUUGAAAAUAAUAGUCAUAACAAUCAUACAUCAAUAGACAAUAAUAAUUUAAAUAUAGAAUUUCAUGAUAUUGAAAAAAAUGCGGGUAAUAUUGCAGUACAAGAAGAUACAGAUGAUGAAGAUGAUGAAGAUUUUCAUAGUGAUCAUUCAGAUGUCUUGUUGGAUGCAUCUCAUUUCAAUGCAAAACAUCAAUUUAAAGUAGCUAUAAAAAAAAGAUCAAUUUCAAUAUUUAUAAAUUUAUGUGAAUUAAAAUCAUAUAUUGAAUUAAAUAGACAGGGAUUUACCAAAAUUUGUAAAAAAUUUGAUAAAAUUUGUGGAUUUACAAUAAAAGAAGAUUUUGUUAAUAAUUUCCUACCAUUACAUUCAAGAGUAUUUAAAGAAUCAACAAUAAUUGAUAUAAAUAAUAAAAUUGAAGAGAUUAUAAAAAUAUAUGCAUUAUUCACAAAUCAAUUAAAUUCAACAACCACCAAGACGAAAGAUUUAGAAAAUGUAAAACAAGAAUUAAGAUCCCAUUUAAGAGAUCAUAUAGUAUUUGAAAGAAAUACAGUAUGGAAAGAUUUAUUAUCAUUAGAAAAAAAUUCAUAUAAUUUAAAUUUAGAUAAUAGUAAUAUAAUAAAUAAAAAAAUGGGAGAUGAAGGUGAUAUAUUUGAUACAAUGAUGCAUUUAAAAAUGAAAGAUAUAAAAUUACCUGAAAAAUUAUUAGGUGGUAAAAUUAUAAAAAUUCCUGAAUUUUUAUUAAAAAAACAAAUUUUAAAAAUUCUUUUAGCGAUAAUUGCUUUUGUCAUAUUAAUUUCAGUUAAAACUUUUAAUGAUCCAGUUCAAGGAAGAGCAUUAGCUGUAUUAGUUACAUGUGCAAUAUUAUGGGCAACAGAAGCUUUACCAUUAUAUGCAACUGGUUUAUUUGUUCCAUUAUUAGUUGUAACUUGUAAAAUUUGUAAAAUUGAAGGAACAAAUCAACCAAUGUCAGCUCCAGAUGCAUCAAAAUAUAUAUUAAGUACAAUGUGA